AUGUGGGGGGCGACUCUCUAUGUAGCUCCGCUGCUACUGUUGCUAACGCAGAGCCUCCACUGCAGGAAGAGGCACCCCCCCCAGGGCUACCUAAACGGGAUUGCCCCCCACGCCCCUAGACAUGAGAGCAGAAGCAAGAUUAGUAGAACCUACACUAGGAAAAAAAAAAAAAAAAAAAAUGAGAAAGAGCAAGAUUACUACGAGAAUUUCUUCAGAGAGCUCGAUAAGAUAUUUAAUGAUGAAGAUGAUGAGCAGAAGCAGGUGGAGGAAGAGGAGAGGAGGAAGGAGGAGGAGAUGGACGCUAUCAGUGAGAAGGACCUGCUGGAGGUGAACUUCUGUAACUAUGAGAGGGACCCCCGGAGCUUGGCCAACUUGGUUCGAAGCAGAACAGACGGGGGAGCAGCGGACGGGGGAGGCGCAGACGGAGAGGCAAACGCUAACGGAGAGGCAAACGCUAACGGAGAGGCAAACACUAAGGGAGAAGCUCCCCCUGAGGGGAGGGCCCCUACCCAUGGGGGGAACAAAGAGAACAUGCAAUACAGCUACGACUACGAGCGAGUGCUGAAGGGGAAGGAAUACCUGCCGGAAAAAAUCCCCCUGAAGGAGAAAUUCUCGCUGGAGGAGGACGAAGAGAAGCUAGUCGACCGGGUGGACGUGAACACGCUGAAUGAUUUUUUGAGUAACUACCAAAAUGACUUUCCGGGGCCUUUUUACAAGGGGAGAAGGGACAAGCAUUUCGGUCGGGAGGACCUCCAAGGGGGGGAGUCCGCUUCGAAAGCAGGAGAGGAAAAGAAGUUAAGGGGUACCCCAAACGAAGAGGCAGACAUACAUAUUGGUGGCACGGAGAAGGACCAGCUCGAAAGCGUGCACUUCUUGAGGAGGAUCCGGCGCGAGUUCGACCGCGAGCGAGGCGGCGACAUGGACGAGGCGGUGCGGCAGGUGGAGGGGCAGUUCGCGCAGGGGGGCGUCUCAGGAGGGGGCGACGGGGAUGGGGAUGGCAACACAGAUGGGGGUAGCAGUACCGAUGGCGGUUACCACCGCGGCUGCGAUCACCACCGCGGGGGCGAUGGACACCCCUUUGAGAGGCACGUGGAGGAGGAAAUCAAGAGGCGCGUCGCGGACGACGAGACGGUGGAGAAGCUGAUCAGGAGCAAGUUCACCAGCAUGUUUAGCGUGGACGACGAGGUUAAGAAGACAAAUGAAGAGAUAAAAAAAAGCCAAAGCGUGAGCGCACUGCUGGAGCUAUUCAGUGAAAACAAACGAAAAAAUGUAAUCAACAUUAUGUACAUGUUCAUGUAUAUUUGCAGAUUUAAAAAUUUAAACAUCAUGGAAUAUAUUUAUGAUAGACGAUUUGCCUACUUAACGGAUGCCCUGGAACAGGUGCUCAAAUUUUACCUGUACAUGUUCAGAAAAAAAAUGAACUGUUCAGAAGAAAAGAGAGAAAGGACAAUCAUUUUAAACAGUAGAAACAUAAUUUUUUUGCUGAAAUAUAUGAACAGGUUGAAAUUAUUUUACAUUAAUUUGAACAUUUAUAAUUUGCUAUUCUUGAUCAUGUCUCAAUCGCUCCACCUGUUUAGCAUCGACUCCUUGGUGGUCCUCUUGGCGUACUUAAAUGAGUACUCCUACUACGGGAGCGAGGUGCACACGAAAAUUAACCUGUCCAUUUUGAGCAGGAUUUUUGAGCUUGUGCGGGGUGACGAGGCGAACCUCUCCAGGCUCCACUUCGGCCACUUCAAGUUGCUCGUGCCGCUGCUGGUGAAGCACGGGUACGUCGGGGGCGGCGUUGGCGGUGCGGGUGGUGUUGACCGUGUUGGCGGUGCGGGCGGGGUUAACCGUCUCGGCGGCGCUGACGAGGGCGCGGCCCGGCUGCUGGCCCACUUCGCCAAGGACACCGAGCGCGCCAUCGAAAGCGUGCGCAGCGGCCAAGCCCUCUCGCGCAGCAGCGACGUGUGCGACGUCCUCUUCUACGACUCAAAAACGAAGGAACAAAAAAAAAACAAAGAAAACUACAUGGCCUAUCUGGAGAUCCAGCACAUGCAGCAGAGGAAGAAAGACAUCAAAUUCCUUUUCAGUUUUUUGCAAUUCUUAAUGAUUGGCAAGUUUGCUCAUGAGGAGGAAACUGUGCAAAGGCUGGUGGGUUUAUUUUUGGAGAAUCUCUCCUUAUUUCAAGUGGAAGACGUGCUGGCCAUUUUCUUUAACUCUGAACAGCUGCAGCAUGGGGAGCAGUACAGCGCGCUGGUGACCCGGUGCAAGCGCGAGCUGCUACAGCGGAAGAGCUUGCUGAAGGAUUUUCAGAUAAACCGGGUGCUCUCCUUUAUCAUCCUGGGCUAUAGGCGGUCCGCCCUCUUCCGGGACUACCACCGCCGCCUCUUCGCGGGCGCGCGCUACGUCCUGAGGAGGGGACAUCCGAAUAGUGGCAGCCAUCCCGGUGAAAGCAGCCACUCCAUUCAGAGCAACCAACCCAGUGAGGGAGGCCACCCCAAUCGGGGCAACCACCCUAACAUUGACGCCCUACCCCGCCUGCUCUCCCGCAGAAGCCAUAUGCGCGCCCUGCAGCGGAAGCACCUGCUCAGCCGCGAAGCCUUCAGAGACCCCCAGUUCCUCUACGACUUCACCCACGACAUACACAUCUUCGUAAAGUUUAAAAAUCUGCACCUCCUCAAAUUCCUACACAGCAUGUACCUACUCAGUCUCCUCUACUACCAAAACGCAGACGUCCUCCGCAUCGUAUCCGAAGCAUCCCACGAGUUAAUAGAGACCAACAUCUUCUCCUUCAUAGACCAAUACGCCUACUACAUGUACGAGGACCUUUACAUCAUCAUCAAGGCGUUUAAGUACGUUUCCUUUUUCCAAAUAGAUUUAAUAACCCCUUGGAAAAAGUUUUUUUUUCUUCUGGACCAUUUUUCAAACGCGCUAAAUUUGGAGAACAUCUACGACAUAUUUUUUUUUAUUAACAUUUGUAAUUUGCAAAAUUUGAAGAGCGAAAAUUACGACGUCUUUAGAGUGCUGACUGGGCGCAUGCAGCGAAUUCUGGAGGUGCUCAGUAAACACGACCUCCACCAGUUUAGCACCCACCCCCACACGUACCUGCUGAACAUUUUGGGCCUCAUCCGGGAGAAGCGCAACGAGCAUGUGUGUGCAUUUGCCCGGGCCUUCUUCUAUUCCGUGUACAGGCGGUUCUGCGGGGGGUCGGGUGAGAAGACCCCCGGUGAGACCAGCGGUGAGAUGAGCGGUGAAAAUACGCCGGGUGAACCCCCCGCCGAACCGCUCGAGACCCCCCGGCCGUACAACUUCCGAGACGCGCGGCUCUUCCUGCAGGCAUUCCUCGCCUACCACAACGAAAAGCAGGAGCACCUAAAUCUGCAGAUCGUCCACUUCGUCCUGCUCAAUGUAGAAGCGUUCUUCUCUCAGCUGCGCGAAGGGGUGCACUACUACCACAGUGGCUACAUAUAUGGGCCCCAGAUGGCGGAGCUUCUGUCUUUGCUGCGCCAGCUGGUUGCCAGGAAGUUGUACAGCGGAGGCAUUAUGCGCACGAUUGUCUGUAUAGUUAAGCACAUGCUGCAUAUCCAGGGGGCCCACCAUGGCAGUGCUUAUGCUAGCGGGGCGAACAUUUUUAAGCCCUUCUUUGCGCGCUUCCCCGGGGUCACGGACGCCAACGUGUGGCGCUUCAUUCGGCGGCACGCCCCGCUCACCCUCCGGGGGAAACGCGGUGUUUAG